AAAACACCAUCACAAGUUCAUGUAUUAAUAGCCUUGUUUUUAUCAACAGUCGUGAUGUCCGCAAAUAUUUUCUCAUAUAAGGCGGGAGAGACAGAAGUCUUUGAUACUGGUCGUGAUAACAUCCGAGUAAAGGUCGAAGAGUUAAACGAAGACGUCGCAAGGGUUAUUCUUGUAGAUGAAAAAGGAAAUCCAAUUAACAUUGCAGAGGAAAUGAAAUUUAUAAAUAAGGCGACUAAAAAUGGAAUAUCACCUGUGGAAGUUAAGGGUCAAAAAAGCUAUCUUAUAACUUGGAUAAAUAGCUAUGAGUUGCAUGUAGGUAAUCAAAAAAUUUUUAGAUUAGAAGCACAGAGAGGGCAUGUGAAAAAGGAAAAUCCAAAUCUUGCGAAAUAUCUUGUAGAAAAUGACCAGUAA